AUUUAGUGUUCUGAGAAAGACAAUCUGACAAACUUUGAAUCUCUUUGGAUUUCAUUUACAAAAAAAAAGUACAACUUCUGAAAAAAAUGGGAAUCAAGUAAGAAUUUGUUUUAUUAAAAAAAUGAAUAACCACUUAGAUUUGUCACUCCUCCACUAUAAUGAAAGUUUUAUUCAGAGGUAAAUGAAGCCUUUGCUGUACUUCACUCUCUGUCUUAUUUCUGUCUUGGACAAACUGACGUCUCCUUAAUGAGACUUGACCAAGUGGAGCAGAUGUCUUUUUUUGUUUUAAUUUUUCUAGAUUUUAUUUUAGAGUUUCUAAGUUCUAAGUAUUUUCUGUAUCACCAGCAUCAAACCCAAACCAGCAAACUACUUGAAGAUAAAACAGCAUAUAAGGCACAAGAACAUGUUUAAACUUGAGCUUGUUAAACAUGUCCAUUGGUUAUUUUUGUUACAUUAACUUUUCUACCGGAGGAAGUCUGUAAAAGAUGUGAUGUGUGUUGACCUUGUUGAAAUAGUAUCAUACAUUGGGGUUGUAAACGGUUCAAAUCACUAAUAUUUGUCGGACUUUAAAGUUAAUGUUAGUAUUUGAGUAGUCAAGAAUUUGGUGUCACUGUUUUCUAAAGCAGAGUAUGAAGAAUGGAAACACACCUUUAUGACAGCCACGGUUAACGCUGAGGACACACUAAGAUUUUUUUUUUUUUUUUAAUUUUACCCAUCAUUUCCUGCUGGGCCAUGUCGGCACUAGUCUGCAAAAGUUAAUUGAAAUUAGCAUGGCUAGUUAGCACAAAAGUCUUAGUGUGUGUGAGGGGAAGACCGGAACAGCCUUCUUCUUUACUUUUACACCAAUUUCUUCUCUGCUUUGACUUUGUAUAUAUUUCCACAUCAGUCUAAAAUGUCAAAAAAAAAUCCUAGUAAAAGAAAAAGGAAUCACAGGAGCGCAUCAGUCUGCACUACCUCACAGAGACCCAGUUUAAAGGUGUAACUGUGUUUUUACAGUUGCGUUGCAGAUUAUCUUGUGCAAUCAGACAGUUUAUAUAGGAUACUUAGCCAAUUAUGUAUAAUUCAGGAAUUUACAGGAUUAUUAACCUUUAACCUUUACGACACCUAACUUGUGUGGUGCUACAAUACCAACAGCAAAUAUAUUUUUUAGGGGGGUUUUAAAGCAAUACAAAAAUGCAAAAAAAAGUUCUGUGAAACUGUAGGUGUUUAUGUCUGUGAAGGUUCUCAGUCGUCUUAGGUUUCAAGAAAUCUUCGCCUGGUCAGGUGGUUACUUCUGAACCUCGUAUUGACGUGCAGAAGCUACCAAAUGGUACAAACAGAACAUUUUCCCUAUUUUCCUACUGAAGAAUAAAUAUUGUACAUUGUCACCACGGUGCAAAGCAGCAGCAUGUUAAACUACAUCUUCACUGACAGUUACAAAUUUGUAGUAAACCAUGAGAUGUCAGUCUAAAGUGUUGGUGUCGACUGUUUUGAUUUCUUUAUCAAAGACAGUUUGCUUUUUACAGAAACAGGAAUAUAUUUUUGAUUGGAUAUUAAAUGUGGUCAAAUUGCCUCUGUUGUCUCUUGUGCUUUUUUGAAUUAUCUGCUUUUAAUCCACUAAUGAAACAAAUCACAUUGACAGUGCAAUUAAACUCUAAUGUCAGGUCAUGGGUUUAUGUGAACAUAAAACCAAUGCUAAUUGGUUUGGGGUUUUUUUCACUGCAGGCCAUAUUUAAAGACCUUAACUACCCUGGAAGCAGAAUGAUUUCUUUGUUUGUAUAUCUAUGUUUUUCCAAUUGCAAAUGUGCCUCUGAUCGCUGCUCAAACAUGGUUUACCCUAGAGAGGCUUCAUUCUAACACCUUCUCCUACAUGAAAACAGUUAACGAUAUUAAUUUUACAAUAAAUAAAAAAACUUACAUAUUGACAUUCAAAUUCUGCAGAGUAUUUUUUACAAUUAGUAUUUCAUGAAACCAUGUGCACGCUUUAUGGAAUAUAAUCAACAUUCCUGCAGUAUAGUUAUUAUAUUGCUCUUUAAUAUUAUACUAUUUGUCAUUUUAGAAGAUUAUUUUUUUUGAUUAAUGAUUAAUCAUGAUUCUCUGCAGUCAGAAUUAAUUAUGAUUAAUCAUGAUUAAGACACUGCUACCCUGUGAUUAAUCAGAUUAAACAUUUUAUCAGUAGAGUGGCAGGUAGUGCACCAAGGAGCUCACCCUAAAAACGGACCAGGAAAUAAAUGGCUUGGCUUUUUCUGCUGUUGUCAUACUGCGUGCUCCAUGCACGCACCUAAUCUUUGCAACAAUGACAGAGUAUUUAGGCACUUGAGUAAAAGUUCAUUGUUACCAGUAUGUAUUAUCAAAACCCCUUAUUGUCUGUAUGGACCAAAUAUAUAGUAUAUAAAAAAAUUUAACAAAUUUAAUGUUAGUUUAUUUUUAUGUAAACAGCAACCUACAUUAGGAUUAUUUUGACUAAUUUUGGGCUAAUGUCAUUGAUGAUCUGUAAUGUAACAUGCUGAACAUCCACACACUCACAAAACCUGAAGGUUCCAGAUCAUUGGUUUAGCUGAUGGAGCUAAAAGUAAAGGCUGACUAUUAGCUCUGGCUUGGACAAUCAAUAGCUUUGUGUGUGUAUGUGUGAGUAAGACACCCUGGUAGGCGGUCCGUUUGUACAGGGUCGUUGGGUCGACAGUCUGGACCACUAUUGUUGCAACAGUAUAACUGUGCUCUCUGUGUCUGGGAGUUGUCAGAAAUAUUAGAGCACCACCCUCAGAAUGUUCUCAUCAUUUUUGGUUUUGUCAGAUUGGAGUUCGGACCUGGCACUGUUCUAAAUUUUGAGAAAAUUCUUUAAUGUCAUCAAGACUAUUUUGCUUCAAAGAUCUACAGAGGCAGCAUGCAGAAACCACUGGACUGAUGCAACUGUGAGCAGCUGCAGGGAUGAACCGCCGGAGUCCAGGGAACACCGGGAAUACCAUUAAAUGGGACAGAAGUCGGCUGCAGAGAGGGAGUGUGUUGAUGAUGCUGUUGUGGAUUAUCCUCUCCAGUUCUCUGGUCCUGAUGACUGACGGACAGAUGAAGAUCCCACCAGAAACAGUGCAGCAGUGGGCCACGUCCUUCGGUAAAGAGAUUAACGCUCUUUCUGCCAGAUACUCCGGAGCUAAACUCCUGCAGAAGAAAUACAAGGACAUCGAGGGCAUGAUAAAGAUAGAGGAGGUGGACGGAGAGGAACUGGUGAAGAAGUUUGCGGAGGAGAUGGAGCGAAUGCUGGGGAGAAAAAUGGAGUCUGUGAAGAGGUUGGCAGAAGCAGCUGAAGACGCCGAUUAUUACCACGAGUACAAUGAAACACUGGAGUUUGAUUAUUAUAACUCCAUGCUCAUCAACACCAUGGAUGAGGAUGGGAACCCGGUGCCUCUGGGAGGAGAGUUUCCUCUGGAGGAGAACGAACACUUCAGUUCACUUCUGGUUAACACACAAAUGAGUAACAUACAAGUCCCGACUAAUGUCUACAACAAAGAUCCAGACAUCGUGAAUGGCGUCUACAUGUCUGAGGCUCUGAACGACCUGUUCGUCGAAAACUUCCAGAAAGAUCCAACGCUCACCUGGCAGUACUUUGGCAGUUCCACAGGCUUUUUCAGGCUCUACCCAGGGAUCCAGUGGACUCCAGAUGAGAAUGGUGUGGUCACCUUCGACUGCAGAAACAGAAACUGGUACAUCCAAGCUGCCACGUCUCCCAAAGACGUGGUGAUUGUGGUGGACGUCAGUGGCAGCAUGAAGGGCCUGAGGCUGACCAUAGCCAAACACACCAUCAACACCAUCCUGGACACCCUGGGAGAAAAUGACUUUGUCAACAUCAUUGCGUACAGCGACUACGUCCGUUACGUGGAGCCCUGUUUCAAGGGCACUCUGGUUCAAGCCGACCUGGACAACAGAGAGCAUUUUAAGCUACUGGUUGAAGAACUCCACGUCAAAGGAGAAGGCAAAGUGAAAAAAGCCAUGAAAGAAUCUUUCAAGAUCCUCAACGAGGCUGCCGCCCUGGGUCAGGGCAGCUUGUGUAACCAGGCCAUCAUGCUGAUUACGGACGGAGCCAUGGAGGACUACCAGGAUGUUUUUGAAAAGUUUAACUGGCCAGAUCGGAGGGUCCGUGUGUUCACGUAUCUGAUUGGACGAGAGAUGACCUUUGCUGAAAAUGUCAAAUGGAUCGCCUGCAACAACAAGGGCUACUACACGCAUGUUUCCACACUGGCGGACGUUCAAGAAAACGUGAUGGAGUACCUACAUGUUCUCAGCAGGCCAAUGGUCAUCAACCAUGAUCAUGACAUCAUAUGGACAGAGGCCUACAUGGACAGUGUGUUGUUCAACACUCAGGCUCAGAGCCUGCUCCUGAUGACCUCAGUGGCCAUGCCAGUGUUCAGCAAGAAGAAAGAGACUCUGUCUCACGGAAUUCUCUUGGGUGUGGUUGGAACCGACGUGGCUGUGAGAGAACUGAUGAGAUUAGCUCCGAGAUACAAGCUUGGUGUCCAUGGUUACGCCUACCUCAUCACAAACAACGGCUACAUCCUGUCCCACCCUGACUUAAGACCCCUGUACAAAGAAGGGAAGAAGCUCAAGCCCAAACCCAACUACAACAGUGUGGAUCUGUCUGAGGUGGAGUGGGAAGACACGGAGGAGAAACUGAGAACAGCAAUGGUCAAAGGAGACACUGGAACUUUAGCUCUAGAUGUGAAGGCGACGGUAGAUAAAGGAACGAGGGUACUCUUCCUGAGGAACGAUUACUUCCACACUGACAUCAAUGAGACACCAUUCAGUCUUGGUAUAGUGUUAACACAAGGACAUGGAGAGUACAUAUUUAAAGGAAAUGUCUCUGUUGAAGAAGGUCUCCAUGACUUGAUGGCUCCUGAUCUGACUAUUGCUAAUGACUGGACAUACUGUGAGACAGACAUUGACCCCGCGCACCGCAAGCUGAGCCAACUGCAAGCUGUCAUUCGAUACUUCUCUGGCAAAGAACCAGACCUGGAGUGUGACAUGCAUUUGUUACAGCAGACGCUCUUUGAUGCUGUGGUCACAGCUCCGAUGGAGGCCUACUGGACUGCACUCAUGCUCAACGCUUCGGGUAUGGAUGAGGGGAUCGAGACGGCGUUCCUGGGAACCCGUUCAGGCCUGACGAGAUUCCAGCGGUACGCUGGUGUUGAGAAACGGGUCGGCAGGUCUUUCCUCACCCCCAAAGACAAUGAGAAUAUGUUCACACUGGAUCACUUCCCACUGUGGUACCGCAGAGCAGCGGAGAACCCACCUGGACAGUUUCUGUACUACAUGCCCAGACCAGAUACUAAAGCGGGAAGGAUUGUGAUCGCCACCACUGCUGUCACCGUGACUGUGCGCAAGAAAACCGCCAUCGCUGGAGCCAUUGGGGUCCAGAUGACACUCGAUGUGUUUGAGUCCAGAUUCUGGGCCCUAACCGUACAGCCAAACGACACAGACUGCUCUGACGUUGAAGGGAUUUGUCCUCUUCGCUGUGACAGCCCUGAUAUCGAGUGCUACGUGAUUGACAAUAAUGGCUUUGUCCUCAUUUCUAAACAGCCUAAUGACGCCGGAAGGUUCUUCGGUGAGAUUGAUGGAUCAGUGAUGACAACGCUCAUUAGAAUGGGCAUGUUUAAAAGGGUGUCCUUGUUCGACUACCAGGCCAUGUGUAAGAUGAACUCGCACUCGGUCAGCAGCGCUCGUCCACUUCUCAGUCCGUUCUAUGGUUUGGCUUCAGCUCUUCAAUGGUUCCUCUCCAACUUCCUGCUGUUUCUUCUGGAGUUCAACGUCUGUGGCUUGUGGCACACGGAGCCUUUUGCUGAUGCAAAGCCGUCUUUCAGUGUGUCCUCGGCUCAUAAGAAAAAAGGCGACAUCCUGCAGCCGUGCGACACCGAGUACCCCAGCUUUGUUCAUGAUCCCUCAGUCAAGGAGACGAACAGCAUUAUUAAGUGUGGACGCUGCCAGAAGAUGUUUGUGGUGCAGCAGAUACCAGACAGCAACCUCCUGAUGCUGGUGGUUCAGGCCAACUGUGACUGUUCCAGACAGUACUCACCAAUCACCUUGGAGCCCAAGGAAGUCAAAUAUAAUGCAUCGAUAAAAUGCGAUAGAAUGAAGUCCCAGAAGAUUCGCAAGCGGCCUGAGUCUUGCCACGCCUACCACCCACAGGAGAACGCCAAUGACUGCGGAGGAGCAUCCUUCAUAUCCCCUUCAGCCUCCCUCUUCUUCAUCUGUCUCAUCUUCGCUGCAAUUUCCUCUUGAUGAUGGGCAGCUUUAUCUAGAAACACGUAAAAGAGACAACUGAAAUAAAUCAAGGUAUUUGUUUGGACGACAGGCACCUUAAGCAGAUCUUUUGAAAUCUGCACCUUCCACUGGACAAGAUAUCCAUGACAACCACAAGCCAGUCCUCUCCUGGUGGACUUUAGACUUGGUUUAUCAGCAAUGGUUCCUGAACAUCCUGACCCUGACUCUGCAAAGCAGACAUAUAAUGGAUUUGUAUCUAAGUUUUCACAAGGCAAUUUGCAUCUCCAAUUAAAAAGGGGCAAAAGGUGAUCUUGAUGAUUGUUAUGAGGUCACAGCAGCGGCCUAACAAAAUCCACAGAGGAAAUAAUGCUGUGGUUAUGUGUUAUAACCACAGAUGUGUUAAUGAUGCGUUGGCUGACUGCGCACUCAUCUCCAGAACACUUACUGUACAUCAGUUUAUAUGUUACAUUCACAAAUUUACUUACGGGUUUUAAAAAGUCAAACAAUGACCUCUCAAACAAGGGCUGAAUGUGAUGGAAGCCAUGGUUUACAUGUUUGUUUACAGCAUCUUUGGAUUACCGCCUCUGGACAGUGUAACAGCUCAGCGUGUAAAUGUGCUCACAUUGUUGAUAUUGUUGAUGGACAGUAAAGGACAGUAAAGGUGGGAAUUGUCAGUUGCUCUGGGAUACAUUGUUCAAUUCACUGGUUCACAAACGUCCUGCAGUGCCCCAUGUGGACACAUUCAUAGCUAUUGCUUGGAACUCCACUGAACGAGAUGGCACUUGUAACUAGACAAAAGAAAAGAAAAAUCUAAUUGUGUAUCUCGCUCAGAGUGGAACAGAUAAAC